GAAAAUACACGAUGACGUAUGACAACCACCUACCGUAUUUCAUGCAUAAAAACUCGUCUCUUUCCUGACGUGUCCGUAGUCCCUGCUGGUUGGUCACACUCUUGCCAUCUUGGCAAUUCGUGCUGUGUCUGGGAGUGAUGGAAGUUGUGUGGCUACGUGUACUAGCGGUGAGUGUGGUCUCCUGGAUCGCCUAUGGUUCCGAUGUCGUCCUGGAUAUUCCGCAGUCCCAGGGUGAGGUCAAUUUGGUCUCCGUAAAUCAUGUUGAUCCAGAUGAGGGCAGCAGAGACAUCCGUGGACUAAAGAACAGUAGCAUGGACGUACGGGACAUCCAUGGAUUACGAGACAGUGGUGAAGCACAUGUCUCCCUCCAGAAGAGGCAGAGAGCAAGGUUGAGGCAGCUGGAAUUUAUCAACAGCAACAUGGAAAGUGGGGAGAGGCGGACCCGUAACAUCUUCGAUCUCGGGCCAAAACCGUCAGUGACGACAGCUCCUCUGUUUAAGCUACCCCCUAAUGUCAGACCGAUAGACUGCGCAGAUCUGCUGAUACUGGGGGCAGAAGUCAGCGGCGUGUACGAUAUUUAUCCAUUUACAUGCAGGUGUAGCAAUAAGGUGCAGGUGUACUGCGAUAUGGACACGGAUGGCGGAGGUUGGACAGUUUACCUGAACCGAAACACGCAGUCACAACGUGAGGACUUCAACCGCUCCUGGUCUGAAUACAAGAUAGGAUUUGGCGACAGACACGGCGAAUAUUGGCUUGGUACGGAAACCCUCCAUGCUUUGACCACCAGCCGGAACUACGACAUGAGGCUCGACAUCAUCCUCAGUACUGGUAUCCCUCAAUACACCGUCUGGCAUAACUUCAAAGUUGGCUCAGAGGAUACCAAGUAUCGCUUGUCGUGGGGCAUCUUCAGCAGUCUUGACUAUUCUCUGACCAGAAACUGUCUGUACUAUGCUAAUGGACGCUCGUUUUCCACCUAUGACGUGGACGAGGAUGCUUAUUCAGGUAACUGUGCAGCGCAACGAGGUGGAGGGUGGUGGUACUACGACUGUCAACAGUUCAACCCCACCAACAGCGGCCAGCACUUGGAAGGAAAAAAUGACAUUAACAUAUCGUGUCUCAACCACGACUUCAUCUCCCUGGAUGGUCUCCAGCUCAAGGUACGCCCCGUCGUCUGCAGCGACAAUAUCAAGUCCGUCUACCUCAACUAUCCAGAAGAAACCUGUGGCUACACUUCCGAGGAUACUACUGCCCCUCCCGAACAGUCAGGAUGUGCAAUGCUAUCGCACCUGACCACCUCAACAGUUUAG